AUGGAAUCUGAGGGAGCUUCGUUUGGAGAACAACUUUUAGAGGCCUCUAGGAGGAACAACAUAGACUUGUUGGAGACAAUUUUGGAGAGUCUCGCUAAUGAGCCUGAUAGGAUUGCUGAUCUCAUAAACAGCUCAAAAGACCCGUUUGGAAACACUGCCCUUCAUCUGUCAUGUAAGUCCGGAUCAUGGGAGGUCCUGGACCUACUGCUAGACCAAGAAAAUAUCGAGAUAGACCCACAGAAUAAGGUCGAUGGCGACUCCCCGCUUCAUGUGGCUGUCAGGUACGCCCAAGAAGAGCCUGAACAUGGGACGUUCAUUGCGAGAAACCUCGUCGAAGUCGGUGCGGAUCCAAGACUGAGAAACCGGCACAAUCAAAAGCCCAUCGACCUCAUCCACGGCGAUGAGCUCGACGAACUCAUUGAUUUGCUGCAAGGCGCGGAAUUGGCCGCUGACAUGGAUGGCGAUCAAGCGGAGGAUGUGGAAGACGAAGUGAUAGACGAUGGUCCAGACGAUGCUGAUCCUGAUGUCGAAUAG